AUGCCUCUACAAGUCAUCCGGGCGGUCGACAACCUUGAGCGCUAUAGCAUUGCUAGGUCAAAUGUCAACAUUUACCACAAUGUUGCCGUCGGCAACAGAAUUCAAUUAGUCCAUUCAUCCUUUGUGCAUGAUGUCAUCACUGCAAGUCUUCAUGAAUGGGUGCAGCUACUUUUGACUCCUGUCACACAACUUAUUGAGUCGCAUCCUUCACUUUCAGCUGUCUUGAGUGAUUAUUUAACAGCCAAGCCCGUAUUCAUGCGUCUCGAGACAAUCAAUCUCCUACAAUUGGUCCGGAUUGUCCCUGUGUCUCUCAAGGAGGCUGUGCAGAUUGCACAGAUCCUAGAAGAGGAACACAAUAUCCCCUUUGAUCUUUCAGAUCAAACUUCCCCAUUAUGGCGACUGGUGAUCGCUCCUAUCGAGAAAUCAUCAUCGUCGUCUUCAUUUUAUCUGCUCUUUGUGUUCCAUCAUGUCAUAGCCGAUGGACGGUCUGCGAUGACUGUGACAGAGCAAUUAAUACAACAUCUUAAUACACAAGCCCAAGGUCGGCAGGCAUAUCCACGUGCCAGUGCUGAUGGAUCGAACCUCAAUCGCUUCAACAUCCCAAUCAGGCACACUAAUCCUAUUCCACUUUCGAUCGAAUCUCGCGUUAACUGCUAUCCUUCUCUCUGGACCUUGAUCACGGAAGCCUCGAGAGCACUACUGCUUCCAGGGUCGGUGAAGAAGAUAUUGGAAACUAAAUACUGGGCUGGAGAGAUUGAUAGCACACUGGAGGAGCCAAAUGUGACAGAAAUGGUAUUAUUACAAUUCACACAAUCAGAAACAAGUCGAGUGAUCCAAGCAGCCAAACGAAGCAAGACCACGGUCCAGUCGAUUCUGUUCUCGGGAGCUGUGUUUGCAACAAAAAACGUAUUCAUGACCGGUCAGCAAAAGCAUUAUAAUGAAAAUUACGACCGAAGUGGAAAGAGCGAGGAGGCAAUUGUGUUUGCGACGCCUGUGUCUCUCCGUGACUUGAUUCCAAUCCCAAUUCCUUCAGAAGACUUGGGGAAUUAUACGUCCGAGAUCUUGCACAAUAACAUCCGGAUCCAUGAAGAAUCUGAGUUUUGGGAGACGAGCCGGGUAUAUCGUGAACAAGUAAUUCGAGGAACAAGGACUAAAAAGGGGUUACAGGAUUUAUUGGAACACUUUGGGAUGUUGAGUCUGCUACCUAAGAGUGAUGGUGCAUGGGAGGCGUUCAUGGCGAGUAAAGUAUAUAAGGACCAACAUGGACGGAAGGCCUCCGUCAAGUUGUCGAACCUAGGGCGCGGUUGGACUCGGUCUAUUCCAAGUGAUGAAGAUGGGAGAGGAGACCAAGCGGAUGGAAAUGGUGGCACUCUUAAUAGCGGUAAGAACGGAGUAAGAUCCGAUACUCAAAUGUUCAGUAUCAAAGACGCGAUCUUCUCGCAGUCGUCGGGUGUCACAGCUUCAGCACUGACCAUGAAUGUGGCAACGGCCAAUAAUAUCAUGACUGUAACUACAACAUGGCAGAAAGCAGGUUUCAAGGGUAGAGCCCGUGGCGAGUUGUUUGUUAGCGAGUUUAAACGUAUUUUAUUUGAAGCAAUUGAGACUAUGGAGAAAGGAAAAGAACACUACUUUUUCAUGGAUGCAGUAAGAAAUGAUAAGUGAGAGGGAGAAGAAGCGGCAUAAAUAUCUCCGCGAUAGCCU